GUGGCGCCGCUAGCGAGAACGAGUCGUCGUUACUUACGAUUACAGUACUUUAGAGUAUUAUAGUAUACAUAUAAUGGGACAGAAUCAAUCGUCUGGAGGAGGACCCGGUGGAGGAGGAUCGGGGAGUGAUAAAAAGGAUGAUAAGAAGAAAAGAAAAUAUGAACCUCCGGUUCCUACUCGUGUUGGAAAGAAGAAACGAAGGCAGAAGGGUCCGGAAGCUGCUAGCAAAUUGCCUCAAGUGACGCCACAUACCCGAUGUCGUCUAAAAUUAUUAAAAUUGGAAAGGAUUAAGGAUUAUUUAUUGAUGGAAGAAGAGUUUCUUAGAAAUCAAGAAAGAUUGAAACCACAAGAAGAAAAACAUGAAGAAGAACGUUCAAAAGUCGAUGAUUUGCGAGGUACUCCCAUGUCUGUUGGUACGUUAGAAGAAAUUAUUGACGAUAAUCAUGCCAUCGUGUCGACUUCUGUCGGUAGCGAACACUACGUUAGUAUUUUGUCUUUUGUUGAUAAAGACCAGUUGGAACCAGGGUGUUCUGUAUUACUAAACCAUAAGGUUCAUGCAGUAGUAGGAGUAUUAUCUGAUGAUACAGAUCCAAUGGUUACGGUAAUGAAAUUAGAAAAGGCACCACAAGAGACUUAUGCCGACAUUGGUGGACUUGAUCAACAGAUUCAAGAGAUUAAGGAAAAUGCCCAGAUACAAGUAGACUCGACUAAAUUGUUUGUUUUUUUUUGUCAGGCCAUUUGCACGGAAGCUGGUCUGAUGGCUCUGCGAGAACGAAGAAUGAAAGUGACCAAUGAAGACUUUAGAAAAUCUAAAGAAAACGUCUUGUACAGGAAGAAGGAAGGAACUCCCGAAGGACUUUAUCUUUAAACACGUUCUUAACUUAAUCACCUUUGUUUUUUAAAAAUACACGUUGGUAGAAAGCUCUCGAUAUUAAUUAAUAAAAUUCGUUUGUUCCGACAUUGCCUGUAUAAUUUUCAUCAAUAAAAAGACAAUUUUUCUAAGAUAUAAUUUGAAUAUAUAAAAUAUCUGGAAAUUACCAAAAUUUACGUAAUGGGGAUGGGAAAAGAAUAUGCUAGUCAAUAAAAUGGCCCAACGGAACCAAAAUAAGGAUCGAGUAUGGUUUCGUUGACUAUUACAGGAUAAAAAGAGAAAUGAGAGCUAACAAAGUGCUCUCAUUUCCCUUUUUAUUUAUUUGUCUUAUUCUUAAUUUGGCGCUUAGGGUAUUAGCAUAUCUCCAAUUCUCGAUAAGGAACCGUUAUUUGGGAGUGCUUCGAUACCCAACGCUUUGCACAUGGCAUUAUAAUGAUCCGUCAUUUGAAGCAGUGGUGUAAUGUAUUCUUAAAUUAGUUAAAAUAAAUAACUGAGUAGUCUUACUACUGUUCAAAUUCAUACCUGGUUCUCUGGCAUAUAAAAUAGUUCGCAUUUCUUCAUAUAAAUAUGAGUCAUAUCUGCAACAACCUUUGUAUAUCCUAUCGGAGAACUGCUUCAUUUUCAUUCAUGCAAAUUAACAAAUAAACUAUUAAAUGCAUAAGGUUAAAAAUAAAAGAAAAAUUAUAUAUAAAUUUACCGAUUGUAUUAGAUAUCCUUUUUCGGCUACUAAAUACGGAAUAAGAAUUGGUGCUUAU